ACCCCCUCAGAAAACCCACUGCAAGAGCAGUGCCAAGUGCUGUGAAACAGCAGACUGCCAGCGAUGAUGAGACUUUAGAGGACUGUGCAACUAAAGAAGAGGAGCCCGAAACUGAGGAAUGGGCAAAGCCUUUAGUGCAUAUGUGGCAGCACAGAAAAGCUCAUUUUCAAUAUGAACGAGAAUACAACACAGCUGCAGCUAAAACCUCUCCACACUGUGCUGUCUGCACCCUUUUCAUGCCAUACUAUCAGCCUGAUAAUUUAGAGGAGAGAAGGCAUGAUGUCUCGAUGAGUGCUACGACAGAGUCUCAGGGGUCAUGUUCGGAGGAGGCAGGAUUCAGAUCACGACCUUUGAUCCCUGAAAUUUGCUUUGCGUACCAGGAGGGCCCAUGUCCCUUGAACACACUGCUGGAGGAGGAUGGAUCCAGUCCUCUUGUGGCCUGUAAUAGUUGCUGUGUUCAAGUUCAUGCAAGUUGCUACGGUGUUGCUGCUAAUGAUGUCAGCCCAGUGUGGACAUGUGACAGAUGUGUGAGCGGAGACCUGGCAGCUGGAUGCUGUUUGUGUAACCUCAGGGGAGGUGCAUUAAAGAGAACUUCAGAUGACAGAUGGGUCCAUGUGAUGUGUGCUGUGGGCCUCCCUGAGGUCAAGUUCAUCGACGUGGUGAAGAGAGCUCCUAUUGACAUCAGUGCCAUACCUGUACAGAGAUAUAAACUGAAGUGUAUAUAUUGCCGUAACAGGAUAAAGAAGGUGUCCGGAGCAUGUAUUCAAUGCUCAUGUGGUCGUUGCCCAACCUCUUUCCAUGUCACUUGUGCACACGCAGCUGGAGUACCCAUGGAGCCUGAUGAUUGGCCGUAUGUGGUUUUCAUCACCUGUCACAGGCACCAGUCACGGAGCUCCAGUGCUAAAGCGAAAGUUAGCAAAAGUGAAUUAGAAGUUGGCCAGACGGUGAUCUCCAAACACAAAAACCUUCGUUACUACAGCUCACGUGUUACCCAGGUCAUGGCCCAAACAUUCUAUGAGGUUAUGUUUGAUGAUGGCUCAUUCAGCAAUGAUACAUUCCCUGAAGACAUUGUGAGCAGAGAUUGUGCCCAGUUUGGGCCUCCUGAGGUGGGGGAGGCUGUUCAGGUGAAGUGGCCUGAUGGACUUUUCUAUGGAGCCAAGUACCUUGGCUCUAAUACUUCAUACAUGUAUCAGGUGGAAUUUGAAGAUGGAUCCCAAGUACUGGCGAAGAGAGAGGACAUUUACACGCUGGAUGAAGACCUUCCCAAAAAAGUCAAAGGUCGUUUGUCCACGGCGUCCAGCAUGCGUUUCCAGGAUGCGUUCUUCACCACACAAGGUGAAAGGAAACGGCGACGCACACCAAAUUCUCGAUUUCAGACGGAUUAUAUCGCCCAUAUUAGCCCUCGAACCUUCACCAGGAACUCAGAAACACGCAGUAAAGCCAACUAAUGGAGGAAUGGAGAGCCCUUAAAUGAAGAGGGGCUAUUUUAAGAGGGUUUGAAGAUUGUACAUCAGUGAGAUCAUGACUUUUAAAAGUCUAAAAGACAGAAAUACUGUGGUCUCAUAUGUCAGGGACAAGAAUGUUUUUCUAAAUUAGAAGUUUUUCCUGUUAUAUUUCAGAGGUUUUUGUAGCCUCAAAUGGUAUUCUGUAGCAUUGUAAUCUUGUAAUUUCCUCCCCAACACUGCUGAGACUAAAUUCACCUGCAUGCUUGUUUUGUAUAUGAUUUGUCUUGUGUCAUGCACCAUUCCUAAUCACUGACACUAUUAGCAUUAAGCUUAAAAUGGUGUAUAUGCCAAAUAAAAAAAUGGUUGCUACUGAUGUCCAGCAAAGCACAUGUCACAUUUUACUUAAAAUCUUGAUCUCUUUAUUUAUUUGGGCUUUUAUUCUUUCUUUUCUAUGUGGUGCUUACAGCUGUUGAAAAAAUUAAAGAAAUGUUUGCUUUGUGA